AUGCCUAUUCGUCGUACGUCUGUCGAAUCAUCAAUACCAAUGACUACUACUAAUGGAUUAACAAAUGGAGAUCAAGUACAGCUAUCAGAAAUGAACUUAUCUAUGGAAUAUGAGACACCACCUGUGGAUAGUUUGCCCAUGGAUGAUGACGAUGAUGAUGAUGACGAAGAAGAAUAUGAAAGUGAUGUUGAAGAACAAGAAAUAGCGUAUAAUCCUGCUUGUCGCGUAUGUGGUCAUUCAUCGUAUACGAAUCUGUGUCAAGGCAAAUGCCGAUAUUAUUUUCAUCGUGAAUGUGUCGGUAUUUUUGAUGACCAACAAACUGUAAUGUGUCCCGAAUGUUUAGCAAAUCGUUUAAUAUGUAGUUUAUGUCAACAACCAAUUACUGAUAAUGAGUUGAAAUGCGGAUUUAAUCAAUGUAAUCGAAUCUAUCAUUCAUCAUGUUUAAUAAAUUCAAAUUUAACAACUACUUUACCAUCGGGCGUAUAUUAUUGUCCUCUGCAUAUUUGUGCAACUUGUCAUUUACAUAAGCGACCAAAUGAUAAUAUAGGUCAUGUGUUUACAUGUUUGUAUUGUACAACGGCUUAUCAUGGUCACGAACGCUGUUUACCAGCUGGUUCUCUAUCCAUCGCAUUUUCAUCAUCAAUUUGUUGUCCAAGUCAUCUUCCGAGCGAACGAAAACCAGCGCGUCCAUGUGCUGCACGGUAUUGUUACAUUUGUGGGCAACCAACACGCACAAUGGAAUGCAUUGUUUGCAUUGAUUGUCCAGCAACAAUUCAUCAAUCAUGUUUUCAAUCGAAAACAGACGAGAAGCCAACGAACUGGAAAUGUGAUCCUUGCUUAAGUGAUCUAAAACCGCUAUAUGGUGAUAUAUGUUGGAUUAAAAUGGGUAAAUUUCGAUGUUGGCCAAGUCGAAUAUUACAUGAACGUCAUGCACCAGAUAAUUUACUUGCACAAGAACGUACAGUUGGGGAAUUUCUAGUAAAUUUUUUUGGUUCAAAAGAAUUUUUUUGGGCUAAUAAACAUCAUUGUUUAUCAUUUGAAAAUCGUUGUAUUCAACCUAAGGAUGCGCGUGAUUUCUCUGCUGCAGAACCAAGCUUUAAAGAUGGUCUCAGAGAAGCUAGACGUCUUUAUAGUCGUUUAAAACAAUUUUAUUCCACAAAUCCUGUUGUAAAUUAUGGUGAAGCAACUAAACUUGAAGAAAUGACGUUAGAUGAUGCCUACGAUGAAUUUGAAGACGAUGAUGAUGAUGAUGAUGAUACGGAUGAUGAAUCUCUGGAUAUGAAUUCUGAUGAAUCAAUUACAAAUGAUAAUGAAAAAACUUCGACAGUUAAUGGGCGCUCAAAAUUAAUUGAUAGAAGUGCUAAUAAGCAUGGACACACGCCUAUUUAUAGACAUACAAAAACAUUAAAACCAGUUGGUGAAGCUCAAAUCCUUCGAGUACCAUUAGCAGAAUUAUCUCGUUGUGAUUGUGAUCCAAAUAAACCCGAUCCAUGUAGUUCCGAUGAACAUUGUCUCAAUCGAAUGCUUAAAUAUGAAUGUCAUCCACAUGUUUGCGCUGCUGGUGACAAAUGUAAAAAUCAGCGUUUUCAAAAACGUAAUUAUCCUUCGCAGCAAGUGUUUUGGACAGCUGGUCGCGGCUGGGGUUUACGAACUUUAGUACCAAUAAAAGAGGGUGAAUUUGUGAAUGAAUAUGUUGGCGAACUAAUUACAUACGAAGAAACAGAACGACGUGUCAAAUUAGCUCGUAAAAAUAAUGUCAAAGAUUUUUAUUUUCUUGUGCUCGAUAAAGAUCGUGUGAUUGAUGCGGGACCGCGUGGUAAUUUAUCACGGUUUGCAAAUCAUAGUUGCGAUCCAAAUUUACGAACGGAAAAAUGGAAUAUCACUGGUGAUCUACGUGUCGGUUUAUUUGCUGUACGUGCUAUUGAAGCAGGCGAAGAAUUAACAUUUGAAUAUGGGGUUGAAUCAGAAUUUCGUGGUGAUACAAUAUUUCAUUGUCUGUGUGGAGCUGAAACAUGCACAGGUUUUAUGGGUCGAUCAAAAAAACUUGGAGGAGUCCCAUCAUUAGCAGACGCAACAUUAUCAUCAACAUCUGGUUCACACGGAACGUCAAAUGGGCGCCAUAGUAAUAAAAAUCGCAUACGUACAUCGAAUAUAACCGGUGAACUAGAUGCUGAUACAUGUUUUGGUUGUGGCUUAACAGGACAAUUAAUAGCAUGUCAAAUGUCAAAAUGUUCAAGAAAAUUUCAUCCAAAAUGUAUUAAAGUUAAAGGACAAUCAUUUCGAAAUCGUUCUCCAACACAACGUUGGAUUUGCCCUUCGCAUCGUUGUGACAUAUGUGGUAUUGACGCAGACAUAGCUUGCGCUGAUUGUUUAAGUUCAUUUUGUGAUGAACAUCGAACAGAAAAUAUGCGUGGCAUAUAUUGUUUACUUCAUGGACAGGAGUAA